GCUAAUAUAAUCUCUGCAAACUUACAAAAUCAGACUAAAUGAACACUACGUUGCCCCUUUGUUCGUUGUUAUAUUUAUAUAUACUUGUUCUUGUUUAAAUGUCAGAGGAAACUCUUCAGCGCUCCGAAUUUGGACGGAACCUUCCGUGGGAGAAGAGCAGAAACCCGGUCACUUCAGAACGGACAUCAGACAGGACAACGCACGCAGUCAAGCUGCUUCCUGCCAAAUUGUGAUAUCCGCUGAGAUUCCGCUGCUGAUCAACAAACGGAUAUAAUCAUUUAGUAGUUUAAUGACAGGGACAUGUAAUACUCCGUUACGUUUACCGGUGUAUUCGUAGUGGUAGUUUACCAUUAGUGUUUAACCGACCAUAUAUUAGUCCGUGCAUGUGUUAUAUUCUUUCAAACUUAAAUAUAGGGGCUGAAAAGAAGGGAAUCAGUCUUUAUAUUGGAUUUUGGAGUGUGCGUGUUUUCCCCUUGUCUGAAUGUAAACAGACAUUACACCGGGUUUAUAAUAACAGCUGCAUGCUGGAAUAAAGCACGUAGGUGGCAGCUGUGGCAGGGAUUUAUAUUACAUACUGAAAAAUACAGCUCCAUCUGACCAGCUCCCAGAACAUAGGCGGGUCAAGCUGGUCUUUAGCAGCUGUGAAUGCAUUAGACAUCUCAGGAUGAGCUGAGGCUAAAGGGAAUCAGAAACCACAAAUCACCUCUUCAGAAGGACUUCAGUAGAGCCGAAGAUGCUUCACUGUGCUCACUAAAGCACAGUUUUCCUGGGCCCGGUUUUGCAGGCGCAGUAUCUUGUUCAGCGUCCCCUCAAUAUUUUGCUGCUUGAAAAAGUUGUCGGAUAACAGGUGGUGUCUUACCAGAUGUUGUCCUGUUAUUCUUGUGGUUGGGAGAAUUAUCCCAGCUGCACUCACUGUGACAAGCACUAUCUUUGGCCCGUUCGGAUUCAGCUUCGUUGUCUGCAAGGCUCUAAUGUGGUCUUCCUCCAUUGUAGUGUAUAAGCUGUCACCAGAGCAGGGAGACAAGUUUGCACAAAAAAACAAUAGGCUAUCCCACUGCUCGUACUCAAAAAAAUAAAUUUCUUCUCUGCAGUUGUAGCCAUUCAAACAGUAGCAAUGCCAACUACAUAAUCCUCAGAAUGUUUCUGAUUUGAUAGAUUACAUAUAUGUAUAUUGAGCCUUUGUAGUAAUUAUGCGAAUCAGUUUCUGCCAGGCCCUGCUAACAGGAGCCAUUGUGCUGAACUUGGUGAUCCUGUAUUAUAUAUCCCAAGCCCAGCAACAGAUGAAGGAGAAACGCCGCAUGCAGGGGAAAGGCCAAUCAGUGUCGGGCCUGGGAAGUUUAGGGAGCGUAGGGGCAAGAGGCAUGACAAGGGACAACAAAGUAAGAGGUCUAGAGGGUAGUUUGAAAAAUCCUCAUUUGACUGUUAUCCUACGUGAAUUUGAAGACUUUGAGAACUAUGUAGGAGGCGUGGCUCAGUCCUUCCUGCACCGCAUGCCAGAACUAUGUUUCCUGGUAGUAGCAGACACCCUGCCUUACCCUCCUCUGGCACUCCCUGAGAACGCCCAUUUACUGGUGCUGUCUCCGAGCCCAGAAAAGCCUCCUCAAACACAUCGUCCAGAAAACCAUGUGCAAUCUGAGUUUGUACUGCUUGUGCCUGAUGGUGUUGAGUUAGAGCACUGGCGGCAACUUGAGAGGCUUGUUAAAGAGUUGAAGGCUGAGGGAGAUGGCCCAGUGCGCCUGGUUGCAGCUCCAGUGCUGACCCGUGCCGCUGUCCAGUGCCUGCACUUGCAAGUGAACCUCAAGGAAUGGACAGCUACAUACUCCCUUGGGGCAUCUGAGAGUGGUAUGUGCACUGCUUUGCAUGGUGAUGCUGUAGUUCUCAUUCGAACUAAGGACCUUUUCAACCUAUCAGUCCCACUUGCACGCCCCCUGCUGUCUGCUCUGUUUAUUCAGACUGCGCUUAGAGGCUGGAAGGUUAAACUUCUGGAGGGAUUUUCAUUUACUGCCAACCACAGGCCCCUCUUUAGCUCUGCGCACAACCAGUGGAAGGCAGACUAUCGUCUCAAGGAGGCUACCAGCCAACUAAUGAGAAGCUUUGGCAUUAAGCGAUUGGUAUGGCCUGAUGGAAAGGACCAGUGGUUUGGCUGCAGCAAGGAGACAUCGCGAUGCUUCGGCACAGUGCAUGAUGACACACCAGAGUACCUCUAUUUGGAGCGAUGGACUCCACCCUGCUGCUUACAUGCCCUGCGUGAAACUACAAAGCAUGUCGUCAAUAUUCUGGAGAGUUCUGGUGUGCGCUACUGGUUGGAAGGGGGUAGUCUUUUAGGAGCAGCCAGACAUAAAGACAUUAUACCUUGGGACUAUGAUGUUGAUUUGGGUAUCUACCUGGAGGAUGUGCCCAAUUGUGAAUACCUUAAAAACCUAGAUUCAGGGUCACUGGUGGAUGCCAAUGGUUAUGUAUGGGAGCGGGCAGUAGAGGGAGACUUCUACCGUAUUCAGUACAGUGAGGCCAAUCAUCUGCAUGUGGAUCUAUGGCCUUUCUACCCUCGAAACGGAGUUAUGACCAAGGACACAUGGACUGAUCACAAGCAGGAUGUGGAGUUUCCCGAGCACUUCCUGCAGCCACUGGUGCCCAUGCCAUUUGCUGGCAUCACUGCUUAUGGACCCAACAACCACCGUGCCUUCCUGGAGCUCAAAUUUGGGGAAGGGGUAAUUGAGAACCCUCAGUAUCCUAAUCCUAUCAAGAAAAGUCUGACUAGUUAAUGGGAGUCGAUUGUAAGGUUAUAUACAACACCCUAUGAAAGUACUGGAAUGCCAGUUCUUUUGUUUUUCAUUUACACUGAAAACAUUUGGGUUUGAGAUCAGAAGAUCGGAUUUUUGGCUUUCAUUUCCUGAUAUUCCUGUUCUUAGUGAGGUCACCGACAGUUGUUUUUUGGUUUUUCUUCACAGCUCUCACAGUGUUGGACAUUAACUGCUGUUGGUUUCCAUGGCUGACUCAUUCAAUGUUUAGUUGUUCAUACACCAGAGUGUUCUUUAUUUUUCAGGACAUUCUGAAUUGUUGUAUUGGCAUAGGCCCAAUGCUUAUGCAAUGGCUCUGAUCGAUUUUUUCCCUCUUUUCUCAGCUUCUAAAUUGCUUCAUAUUGUUUGAUCCUUUUUAACAACAAAUCUGGUCUUCACAGGUGAACCCCAGGAUUAAAUCCAAGAGUAGACAUUCAGAGACAUUAAUUGUGAAAAUAAAUAGAUCUAAAAGGGCACACAUGAGCAACAAGAAACACUGGUCAGUCAGGUUCUAGUGUAUUUUGAUAACUUGGAAAAAUGGGUGGGUUCAAAACAAAACGUGCAUGUUCGGAAUUAUUUAAAACGUCUAGAUACAAAUGAGGAAAUGAAAGCUGAAAUUCUGAUCUAUCAUCUCAUGUUCAUCUUUUUUCAAAUGAAUGUGUACAGGUUUGUGCACUGCAUGUUAAUCAUCAACGUCUUAAAUCAAAGAAGAUAUUUUGGCCUUAAAAACUUUGAGUUAAAUUACUUGUGCAUAUUUAUAUUACAUUUGUGAAUUACAAAAAGUGCUAAAUGUAAUUUAAAAAAAGCAAAAAUGUAUGCAUUUUCUUGCUUAUAGGGCCCGGCUCGAUGUCAGAGUCCAUUUUUCACACGAGUCGCCAACUCCAAGACAGUUUUACACACUAGUAUGUCUUGUAUAUUUGUAAAUUUUAUAAAUAAGUUAUAAGAUAAAGUUGAUUAUUUUGUUCUUUAUAAGACUAGUUACUGAAUUGGAGAGGAGUAGUGCUCCUGUGGGCUUAGGCACAAAAUUGUUACCUAUUCACUCCUUUGUGAGGGCUCUAAUGCUGGAGUUAGGGGCUCACUAUCUCUGCCCAAGGUACCAAGACUUUCCUGUAACGAAAUUAUUCUGGUCUCUCCAUUGCUAAUCCUCUCUAACAUCUGGAUGUGCACAUCUAAUUCUACAAUCUUUGCUGUCAGAGUGCUAACUCAUUUAUAUUUCACACAAGUAAAACUAUUACUAAAAUAUUACUAACACUAAUUACUAAUGACAGAAGAAUAGCUUAACGUCUUACACCCUGAAUAAGCUCAUGCCGAAAUGUAAAUAAAUGAAUGUACUUUUGUUUGUCGAUGAUUUCCACCAAGGAUUUUGGGCAGAUCCAAUGCAAGUAUUGUUCAUAUGACGUCUGGUCCUUAAGAACCAGUUUCAUAUUCUGAAUUAGCUUUGGGGUCCAAUUGUUUUGCGUUUCCAAUAAACAGAGCCGAAUUGUA